CUUUGCGGCCCUUCUCAAAACCCUAAUCGAAGGUUGGCCUUCUAUAUAAAGCGCUGUUUACACAUCCUCCAGACGGCCGAUCAGAUCUCUCCACUGCCCAACUCUCGAAGUCAGUUAGAAUGGCGGUACCACUACUUGACAAGAAGAUAAUCAAGAAGAGAGUGAAGAGGUUCAAGAGGCCGCAGAGCGAUCGAUUUAUUUCCGUCAAGCCAAGCUGGAGAAGGCCCAAGGGUAUUGAUUCACGGGUCAGAAGAAAGUUCAAAGGAUCUGUUUUGAUGCCCAACAUUGGUUAUGGAUCAGACAAGAAGACUCUCCAUUAUCUCCCAAAUGGUUUCAAGAAGUUUCUUGUCCACAACGUCAAGGAUCUUGAGCUGCUUAUGAUGCAUAACAGGACUUACUGUGCCGAAAUUGCACACAAUGUGUCCACCAAGAAGAGGAAAGAAAUUGUGGAACGUGCAGCUCAGCUCGACGUGGUUGUCACCAACAAGCUUGCAAGGCUUCGCAGCCAGGAGGACGAAUAAGCUUUCUAGGCUUGAGGAUGUUCUUCUCAAUUUUAAUUUCCAUAAUGAGAAUUUAGCUAUCAGACAUGGCUUUAUGAUCUCAGGAGUUUGGACAAUUAAACUAUUUUCGUAUCUGAUCACAACUUAUUUGAUUGUAUUGCAAGAAAAUGCUUUGUACUAAGUUUCACAAUGCUGACUGCAUUAUGGUUUUGCAA